AUGACCGGACGUCCUACAGUGAACACUUCUAACGUCCGUUGUAGUUGUGUUGAAUGUUUUCAAAAGUGUUAUGUAGGUAUCUCGGGUUAUUACGUUUUUAUCGUGGUGUUUAUCGUGUCUUGUUUUUAUUUUUAUUUUCAUUUUUGGUUUGGCGUGACACUUGUUAUUCUCAUUAAUCAGGAAGACGUUGGUAUUAAAUCGUUUUUUGCCGUAGUGGCGACCACCAUAGGUUUGUAGCUCUGUUUUGGUUUCUUCUUAAAGCCAACAUGUCGACGUUGUUCCCGUCCUUGUUUCCACGAAUAACUGAGUCUCUGUGGUUCAACUUGGACCGACCAUGCGUGGAUGAGACUGAGCUACAGCAGCAGGAGCAACAACAUCAAACCUGGUUGCAGAGCAUUGCUGAAAAGGACAACAAUCAGCUGCCCAUUGGGAAAACCAUUUUUGAGGGAGGAGGCUAUGAAGAGGAGGAAGAGGAAGACGAUGAGGAUGAGGAGGACAGUGAGGACGACUCUGAAGACGAAGAAGACAUGCAGGACAUGGAUGAGAUGAACGAUUACAAUGAGUCGCCCGAUGAUGGCGAGAUCAAUGAGGUGGACAUGGAAGGACAAGACCAAGACCAAGACCAAUGGAUGAUUUAAGAAAGACUUUGGGGCAUCUUCUUCCCUUUAGCUGUUAUUGACAUACAUUCACCAUUCACAUAGUUUUCUCCUAUUCUCUCUACAAUACUGCCACUCUCAGAAAUAUUAAUUCAACGAUAUGUUUAUUAUUAUGCAUUUCUUUUUCCCCCAAUAGAUUGUGCAAGUGUACAGGCUGGUGAGUUUAUGUAAACAUAUUUCUUUUAUUUAACUUAUCCCUUCAGCUUUUGUGGAAACCAAGUGCUGGUUCCUGUCCAUACCCAUCCAAGUUUUUCAGAGUCAUCCAGCUUUAAAAUAGCUGAGGCUGA